AUGUCCUCCCAGCCCAUCAAUCCCGCCGUCAUCAACCGCCCACUUGUCAUGUGCGGCCCCUCCGGCACUGGCAAGUCCACUCUCCUCAAAACCCUCUUUGUCAAGCACCCCGGGCAAUUUGGCUUCUCCAUAUCCCAUACAACCCGACAGCCCAGAGCUGGGGAGGAAGACGGAAGGGACUACUACUUUGUCACGAAGGAGGACUUUUUGGCCAGGGUUGGCAAUGGAGAGUUCCUGGAGUGGGCAGAAUUCGGUGGUAACUGCUACGGGACCACUUUUGCGGCUUUGACUGCCCUUCACCCCCGUCGAUGUAUCCUCGACAUUGAGCUCCAAGGCGUUCUGCAGCUCAAGGCUAAAGCUCCUCUCCAAGAGCCCCCUCUCUCUCCUGUGUUCCUUUUUGUUUCCCCCCCCAGCAUCCCUCAGCUCAAGGAGCGUCUCUCUGGUAGGGGCACUGAGACUGAGCAGUCUAUCAGGAAGAGGCUCGAUGCUGCCAAGGCCGAGGUGACUUACGCCCAAGAGGGCAAGCACGACGUCGUUAUCGUAAACGACGAUCUGAAGGAGGCCGGGAGGAAGCUGGAGCUUGUAGCGAUGGGUUACGAAAACUGGGAGACUUGUGGGGACAAGCUUCCGGCCCUUGAGGUGGCCGAUCUCGAUUAG